AUGCCCUCCGCCGUCGCCGCCUGGAACCCGGCCCGCGCCAAGAUCCAGCUCCGCCUCGCGAUCCAGCGCGUGCGCCUCCUCGCGCAGAAGCGCACCCAGCUCGCCAAGUCGACCCGCCGCGAGGUGGCCGCGCUCGUCGAGAAGGGCAAGCUCGAGUCGGCCAAGAUCAAGGUCGAGGGCUUGCUCAGCGAGGACCUCUACGUCGAGCUCCUCGAGGUGCUCGAGCUGUACUGCGAGCUCCUCCUCGCGCGCUUUGGGCUCCUCGAGACGGUCAAGAGGCGGCCGCCGGCAUCAUCCACGCUGCACCGAGGUGCAACGGAGCUCAAGGAGCUGCACGUCCUGCGCGAGAUGCUCAUGUCCAAGGGCGGGCGCGACUUUGCCAUCGCCUGCAUCGACAACCUCGACGACAUUGUGACGUCGAAGCUCAAGGUCGACACGCCCGCGCCAGAGCUCGUCGAGCUGUACCUUUACGAAAUCGCGCGGGCAUACGCGGUCGACUGGCGACCCGAGGGCUACCCCGACCCGAAUGCGCCGCCGCCGCUUGAGCAGCCUGCAGCCAAGGACGCGACCGUCGUGCGCACCAACCUGCCCCCUGCCGCCGCGAGCGCCGUUGCGCCCGCUGCACCGGCGACGACGGCGCCGCCGCCGCCUCCUGCUGCGCCGGCGAGGGAGGAGGACGCGUUCGAGGCGCUGCAGAAACGGUUCGCCGAGCUCAAGCGGCGGUGA